ACCCUCCGGGGGAGGGGAUGGGGGGCUGGCUCAGACAGGAACCACACCGGCGAUCGAUCUCCGGGCCCAGCCCCGCGCAGGGAAGGGUUAAGCCGUGCGGUACCUCCGAGGAACUCCCCGAAUCUCCGCGUAUCCUGCGCGGCUCUUCCUCCGCCCGCUCCCCCCCUCCCCCGCUCCUCAGCCACAGCCCGGGGGGGAAACCUCACCUCAGGCCGCGGCCCGACAUGGCCGCCCGCCGCCCGCCCCUGCCAAGUCGCGUUGCGCUUUAUUUUUGGCUCGGGGGCGGCCGGCAGCCCUGAGAGAGCCGCAGCUCCCCGGCACACAGGCCCUCGGCCCUCCCCGGCCUCUCCCCUUCGCCCGCCAUCGCCCGGGGCCCGGGGGGGGUGGUGGUGACAGACCCUGCAGCGAGCACUUUCGCACCAGCAGACGAGCCCGGAGUGCCACCAGGAAGGAAUCAGAGAUGACCAGGGAAGAGGACCUACCAGACUGGAACUCGUCCCAGGAAUUUUAUGAAAAAUAUGAGCCGAAGGAGAUUUUGGGCAGGGGGGUGAGCAGCAUUGUCCGUCGGUGCAUCCACAAAACCACCCGUCAGGAGUAUGCAGUGAAGAUCAUCGACAUCACAGCGGGGAACAUUUCCCCCAAGGAGGUGCAGGAGCUUCGGGAAGCCACCACUAAAGAGAUCGACAUUCUCCGGAAGGUCUCAGGCCACCCCAAUGUCAUCCAGCUGAAGGACAGCUAUGAAUCCAGCACCUUCUUCUUCUUGGUGUUUGACCUGAUGAAGAAAGGGGAGCUCUUUGACUACCUCACUGAGAAAGUCACCUUGAGUGAGAAGGAAACAAGGAAGAUCAUGCGUGCACUGCUGGAAGUGAUCCAGUACCUCCACUCCAUCAACAUUGUUCACCGUGACCUGAAGCCAGAGAACAUUCUCCUGGAUGAUGACAUGAACAUUAAGCUGACAGAUUUUGGCUUCUCCUGCCAGCUGCGUGAGAAUGAGAAGCUCAAAGAGAUCUGUGGCACACCUGGCUACCUGGCCCCUGAGAUCCUGCAGUGCUCCAUGGAUGACGAGCACCAAGGCUACGGGAAGGAGGUUGAUAUGUGGAGCACUGGGGUGAUCAUGUACACCUUGCUGGCUGGCUCCCCUCCCUUCUGGCACCGCAAGCAGAUGCUGAUGCUGCGGAUGAUCAUGAAUGGGGAUUACCAGUUCAGCUCCCCGGAGUGGGACGACCGCUCGGACACCGUCAAGGACCUGAUCUCCAGGUUCCUGGUGGUUGACCCACGGCAGCGGUACACGGCUGAUGAGGCGCUGGCCCACCCCUUCUUCCAGCAGUAUGAUGCAGAGGAGGUCCGGCACUUCAGCCCCAUCCAGAAAUUCAGGGUGAUCGGCUUGACCGUCCUGGCAUCCGUCCGAAUUUACUACCACUACCGGAUGACCAAAUCUGUCACCAGGGACCUGGUGGUCAGAGACCCCUACUCCCUGAAGCCCAUCCGCAAACUGAUCGACGCCUGUGCCUUCAGGACCUACAGGCACUGGGUGAAGAAGGGGGAGGCACAGAACAGAGCUGCCCUCUUUGAGAACACCUGCAAGGCCGUCCUGCUGACCCUGGCAGGAGAGGAAGGGCUGUUUUGAUCUCCCUGCUGUGUAUGCCCAUGGGUUUGCUCAGUUAAGCCGAGUAAAAUCUUUGAAAACCAA